CGAACAUGCCGGAAGUUGUCGUCCAGGUGGGCGGGCACGGAGGCGGUCUCUUCAUUCAGGGCCCUUCAGCAUCCGCCGGUUGAAGUAACCUCUUCCCGCGCCCACCAAGUGGGUGGGGGUCGGAGUCCGACCGGUUGCAGGCACCCCGCUGGCAGGGCAAGAUGGGCAUGGGGUCAAACGAAUGAGAAGACCACCGCGGGCCCCUAUACCACGAAAGCCCGCAGCGGGGACGAACGGGAUGUAUAUGUGUGAAAGACCGGCGAGUGAGUGAGCCGCUGCUUUUGCAGUUUGGGUCAGGGUUUUUUAACUUUUGGUUUCCUCUGUGAGAAAAUAAUCAUUAAAAUCAAAGUAAGAUGUCUGUCAUUUUUUUCUUUGACAUUAUCAACUUGCCAGCCCCGGUCUCCUCGCAGAGCAACUGUUUCCCACGUUCAGCUCAGCUCCAAUACUCCCGUCCUGGUGUCGCCGCAGUGCGGACUUCAUUUCCCAGAAACCGUUUUACGGAUAGACCGGCAGGCGCCAGGCACGGAAACGCGUAGGACCCUCUGGGAGUCGUAGUCCUGGGCGCACGGCGGCCCACCCGCGGAUGUGUGGGCCCGGUAAUGCCGACAGCGGCUAUGCGCAGGCGUGGCGGGAGCACUAGUAGCUGGUUCGGAUGGCCCGUUAAAGGCGGAGACGGUGGCUGCUGUAGCAAGUCCCGCGGGGGUGGCGGGCGCUGUGGCCUGAGCGUAAGGAAGGAAAUCCGAGGGGCGCCCAAACCCCGGGGACAGUCGAGCCGUCGGGGGCGGGGCUGCGGGCGCCGCAGGGAGAGGGAACGUGCAGUUACUUCAGAAUCCCAGCCCAGGCCCCCAAACGUCAAAGCCAGGAGUACCAUUGCUGUGUGGGAACAGAAAGGAGGAAGAAGCAGAUCUAGGAGCAGGAGUCACUGAUGACCCCAGGACUGAGACCUACAAGUCCCCACCCUGCAGGUGCUGAGGCCAAGCAGUGUGGAGUCGGAGCAAAGGAGCAGGCGAUGCAGCCACAGGCACGAGACUUGAGUUUCAUGAUGCGCUGUCUGGCCCAUGGAAUACCUGUCAAACUAAUGAAUGAGCAAGCAGUCUUCCAAGGGAGGCACUAUUAUCCUUUCUUACUGAAAGGAGACAGAGGCUCCAGAGGAAGCGAACAGCCCAAGUCACCCAGUAUAUGCUAUGCCAUCUCAGCCCCCUGCCUGUUGCCCAGAGGAGGACGAGCCAGAGGCCCAGGACACUGUGUUCCCGGCAGGUGCUUUCCACAAGCUGGUGGUGGCCUUCAAGGACGUGGCUGUGGACUUCACCCAGGAGGAAUGGGGGCUGCUGGGCCCGACCCAGAGGAUCCUGUACCGCGAUGUAAUGCUGAGGAACUACAGCAACCUGGUGUCCCUGGGACUUCCAGAUUCCAAACCAGAGGUGAUCUCUAAGUUGCAGCAGUGGGAAGACCCCUGGAUUGUAGAGAGAGACGUCCCAAGAGGCCCCUGUCCAGACUCAGAGCCGGAGACCCAGGCUGCACAACCUCCUCUAGGUGAAGACGCGUCACCUCGUAGGUGGAUGACAGCGGGGCUCCAGGGGCAGGAUUUCUGGAACACCAUGAUAAGAGACAUCCCAGAGCUGAACAGCUGGGCAGUGGAGAGACGGCGGCACUGCAGCCAACUCAAGAAGAGCCCCCAGCGGAGCAUCACAGGAAGUCUCCCCCAGACCCUGUUCCUCAUGGAGCUUCAGGCCACUCUGUUGGCACAGGCUCUUGCGAACCAUGGCCACAAAAAGGGCUUCGUGUGUAGGUCAGUCCUAGACCAGGGUUGCCCCUGUGGAAGAGAGGGCGUGUGUGGGGAAGAUUCUGCCUGUUUCCUAGCGCUUAGUCAGCCACAAAGAGUCCACGCUGGGGAGGGCACAGCAGCGUGCCGUGGGUGGGAUGAUGCCUUCAGCAAGAACACAUGCCGUCUGAGGAUUCCUGAGGGGAGGAAGUCCUACACAUGUGAGGAGUGUGGGAAGGCUUUUAGCCAGAGCACGCACCUCAUUGAACACCAGCAGAUCCACGCUGGCGAGAAGCCCUAUGUGUCUCGGGAGUGCAGAUGCGCCUUCAGCAAGAACUUGUCCCUCGUCAAACACCAGUGGAUGCACACAGGUGAGAAGCCCUACGCCUGCAGCAUCUGCAACAAGUGUUUCCGCGAGAGCUCAGCCCUCGCCAGGCACCAGCAGGUGCACACGGGUGAGAAGCCAUACGGGUGCAGCGAGUGUGGCCGCGCCUUCAGCCAGAGCACCCACUUGGUGCAGCACCUGCGAGUCCACACUGGGGAGAAGCCGUUCACCUGCAGCGAGUGUAGCAAAGCCUUUGUAGACUCCUCAGCUCUCCUCGUCCAUCACAGGACCCACACCAGGGAGAGGCCCUACGAGUGCCGUGUGUGCUACAAGGUGUUCAUUAUCAGUUCAUCCCUGGCUGAGCACCAGUGUUGCCACACCAGGGAGAAGCCAUACGUGUGCCAGGAGUGUGGCAAGGCCUUCAGCCAGAGUACAUCCCUCAGCAAGCACCAGCGGGUGCACACGAGUGAGAAGCCCUACGUGUGUGUUGAGUGCGGGCACGCCUUUAGCCAGAGUUCGUCCCUGGUUAAACACCAGCAGGUGCACACAGGUGAGAAGCCCUACGUCUGCACUGAGUGUGGGCGCGCCUUCAGCCAGAGGUCCUAUUUGACCCAGCACAUGAAGUUCCACAGUGGGUGCUGAGUGCAGGAAGCCAUUCAGCAACUUCUCUGCACUUGUCCUACACCUGCGGAGCCACACGGGUAAGCAGCCCUACACCUGCGGAGAAUGCGGUAAGGCCUUCAGCCAGAGCAAGCUCCUCACGCAACACCAGCGCAUCCACACUGGGGAGAAGCCCCACAUCUGCUGUGACUGCGGGAAGGUCUUCAUGCAGAGUUCGUCCCUUGCCCUCCAUCAGAGGAUGCGCUCGGGAGAAGCCGUACAAGUGCAAUGAGUGCGGGAAGGCCUACAUCCAGCUGUUGCACCUGAUUGAGCACUACCAGGCGCACACUGGUGAGCGGCCCUACACCUGUAACGUGCAACAAGGCCUUUAGCCGUGGCACGCACCUGACGCAGCACCAGUGGGUCCAUGUGAGUGCCAGGCCUUUGGUCUGCGUCACGUGUCAGAAAACCUUUCCCGAGGCUGCAGCCCUCAUUCUCCAUCAGAGGGUUCCCAUUCGAAAGUCUUUUGAUUGUCAUGAGUGCAGCAGAGCCUUCAGCCAGAGCAGAUUCCUGGCCCAGCAUUAGGGAACUUACUGCCUGAGGAGAUCGUGUGAAUAUAGCGAGAACCCGAAUACCCUCAGUAACAGUUUGGUUCUUGUACGUCAGUGAUGUGGGGGUCUGUGGAACUGUGGCAGAGGCCUUGCAUCUAUCCUCAGAGUCCUGUCUUCUGUCCUGGGGAGGCCCCAUGUAUAUCGGGAACAGGGGCUGGGUGCAGAGCAGUCCCUGCUGGGUCACCUACCUGGUCAGGUGAGCAGGGAGUUUACCUUGGAUCCGCUUUUCUCUUAUAGGAAAUACCUUCCGUGAAGAUGUCAGAGUUGGUUCUGUGAAACCUUCCAGAAGGUCCCCUGGUGUCACAAUGGUUAAGUACCCAGCUGCUAACCAAAAGAUCGGUGCGUUGAACCCAGCCAGCGGGUCCACAGGAGAAAGACCAACCAAUCUACGCCUGUAAAGACUACAGCCUAGGAAACCCUAUGCGGCAGUUCUACUCUGUCCUGUAGACUUUCCAUGAGUCAGAACCAGCUAGAGGGCACCCAACAACAAGAAGCUUCCAGAGAGGAAACAGACCCUUCCCUUAAUUCUUCUCCAUAGUGCAGGUCCCAACGAUGUCCACCAGGUGGCAGGGGAGGCCUGCAGGUGUGAGUGGGCUUCCUCAGCAGUGCCUGGAACACAGCUCAUUUAAGUUUUUGCUAAGGCAAAAGUUAAUUUUAAAAAUAUGCUAUUUUUAAAUGAUGCUCUUUGUGCUUCCUGUUAACUUGGGCCAUACGUUUUGGGUUUUGAUUCUUUUCUCUCCCCCAAACAGUAAGUUUAUAUAUUGAAAUGAAUCUCACAAAGUCCAGCUCCUUAAAAAAAAAAAAAAAAGUUGUCAUGUUCCUUAGCUUCAAUGUGAGGACUUCUCUAAAGGCCGCUGAGACCACAACGUUAAUGUAAGACUUUAUUUCGGACUUUGUAGUUAUAGGAGUCCCUGGGUGUUGCAAAUGGUUGGGUGCUUCACUAAUCAAAAGGUUGGUGGUUUGAACCCACCGAGUAGGCACAAGCAUGUAAGUGUAACACACUCGAUGACACACACACCUGAGGUCCCACAAACAGGAAGCCUCAUAUGCACAGGACGCCCCUCUCUCUGGCACACGGACGCGUGUGACAUACCAGUAACACAAACACCUGAGGUUACACCUGACACAGAAGUGUCUACAAUAAACGCUUUUUAGGGUGGCCUUUCGAAAUCACACGUACAUACAUGAGAUCACACCUGCACACACAGCCCCCUCACGGCUACACGCUCACACCAGAGGUCUCACUUGCCCUCACAGUAACAUGUCCGUUCCUGCACAAACAGGACGCCGACACGCACACUCGGUCCCCUCUCCCUGCACCGCCUCCUCCCGACGGCUGGACUGUCCUCGUGUCUGUGCUCCCCUCGGAGUCCUCGCACCUUUCCGCCCACAACGCCCACCGUUUGGCACACACACGCCGACCGCCACUCCUUCGAAACGCCGUCUCUGCAGCCUUUUUCUAACUGGCCGUUAGAGCCGACCGUGAGUGCUCCCGCCGCGUCUACGCACAUCCGGUGCCUGCACUUCCGGGCCCACAUUUCCCCGCUAUGGUUGGCGGUUCGCCCAGGACUACGUUUCCCAGAAGGCCUUACGCGUUCGGUACCUGUGAAAUGCUUUCGGGGAAAUGAAAUCCAGUGUGUGGCGACGCCAGGAGGGGAGCGUGGGAGCUGAGCUGAGCGUGGGACCCUGUCAGUUGCUCUGCACGGAGUGCGGGGCUGGACAUGUUGAUAUUGUCAAAGAAAGAAAAUAACAGACGUCUUACUUCGAUUUUAGUGGUUAUUUUCUCACACAGGAAACCAAAAAUUAACUGUAAAAAAGCCUGCCUCAAAAUCGGCUCCACCCCACCCCCAGCUGCUCUAUAGCGUUGUGAAUUUGUCUUUUCCUGAUAUAAAAGGCUAGCGAAUAACAAAACCAUUACCUCGUGACUUAAUGAGAAAGGAUGUGGGCGCCUGUAAUUUUAAUUUCAAGAGGACUCAUAACUACAAGGGGGAAAUGGCCGACAUUUCCAGAAGACCGUAAUACUCAGUAACCAUUAAGUAUACUUCAUCACCAUGGAAACUUGCAUUCAUUAAGAAAAAAAAAAAAGGCUUCUGUGAAAUCCUCAAUCUUUAGGAUUCUUUUUCAUUUUCCCCUUCAUGUAGGGAGUCACGCACCUCCAGUUUGCACACUGUUUAUUAAAUUAUGAAGCAAUAUAUUUUUUGAGCUAAUUCAAAGGUUUAUUAUUUUUUUUAACAAUCGUAACUACUUACUUUGAGCUACAUGUUUUUGGAAACAAGAUGAUCUCCCUACAUGCAUAUGAAAUAACUGCUCGGAUUAAACUUUACGGUUCAGUUCUUUUGAGUUUUGACUAUUUUUAACAAUAUGCAUAGUUUUGUAUGCAUACGUAUGUUCACUAUUUUAAAUGUCCAGUAUAUGUACAUUUUUCUUUCUGUAUUCACACAUACUCAUACAUGAAUAAGUGUAUAUAUAUAUAUUUUUUUCCCUGAACCCUUCGAAAGGCAGUAGACACCUGUAAAACCUUUAGCAAAGGUCCCCUUGGAACACGGACAUUCUUCUACCGACCCAGGAAACUGAACAUUGAAACCACACUUACCUACUCAACAGUACACAUGCUUAUUUCUCCCCUUUUCCCAAUAAUGUCCUACAUAGCUUAUUUUAAAAAAUACUUUAUUCAGGCCCAAACAAGAAUCACUUUUUUUUUUGUUUUUGGGAGAACAUUGACAUUUAUCAUGUACCUAAGCCAAUUUUUCAAAUAUCCUCCAGGUUGGUUUUGAUCAUUUCCGUAUACAGUAUAUAAAAUUUAAGGGAAAAUCAGAAUCAGAUUUUACAUACUCAUCUUUUUCUACUGACGCUGAACAUUCCUUCAUGUCAUUAAACAUUCUUUGAACUGUUCCCUUUUUUUAAUGGCUACAUAGUGUUUCAUUGUAUAAAUUUACCAUAAUUUCUCUGAUCCCUCGCCUUUUACUGGAAAUUGAACUACUAUAAGCAUAUGCAAUGCACAUCCCUGUACGUUCAUUUUUCUGUGUAUAUCCGUGAUGACUCCCUAAACAUUAAUAACAGAUAAGCCCUGUGUGAUGCAAAUCAUCUUCACUAGUUAAGACACCUAACAUCAACAGUUAAGGGAUGCCCCAAGGUACAACACGGGACACAAAAAUUUCAUCCAUAGGCUGAAGGCCUCCGUGACCUGGUGCGUUGCCGUGAGACAAACAUGAAUAAAUAAAUGAGUGCCCACUGGAGGAGGAAACACAUAGCCCCCAGAGGGGUCAGCUGGUGGGACCACCUGCAUGGAUAUUAAGUUGGGGUUGAAAUGACAGUUUAUGACUCACAGAUCCUGGAGGGGAGCACGCCAGAGGGCUGCACAUAGAGCUCACACAGGUAUCUACGAAGGGGAGAAUCAGAGAGCAAGAAGCUGAGGGUCUGGAGGCAGCAAUCUGGCAGGGAAAGCCCAUUCCCAGAUGUGACCUGUGCAUGGUGACAGGGAGAGCAAUGAGGGGAGGAACCACCUCUGCAUUGUUAUCUGGGAUUUCCCUGUUUUGAAAUAUGUAAUGUUUAAGCGCAUUGCUAUCGAGUGGAUUCCAACUCAUAGUAAGGAGCCCCAGUGGUGCAGUGGUUAAGUGCUAGGCUGCUAACCAAAAGGUCAGUGGUAGAACACAGCAGCUGCACUUGGAGAGAAAGAUGUGGUGAUCUGCUUUCCAUAAAGAUUGCAGUCUAAGAAAUUCUAUGGGGAAGUUCUACCCUGUCCUAUAGCAUUCACUGAGUUGGAAUCCACUUGAUGGCAAUGGGUUUGUUCGUUAAUAUUUAAGCAGAGGCUGGAAGAAAAAGGAUGUUGAGGCAUCAAAAAAAUGGAGUUUGGAUUUCUUGGAAUACCUGCUGUUGUAUUGUUAAGUGUCGUCAAGAAGGUUCUGACUCACGGCGACCCUAUGUACAACAGAACAAAACACUGCCUGGUCCUGCGCCAUCCUUACGGUUGGCACCCCUCUGGUGCCAUUGUGGCAGCCACUGUAUCAAUCCAUCUCCUUGAGGGUCUUCCCUUUUGUUUGAUGACCCUCUACCAAGCACGAUGUCCUUCUCCAGGGACUGCUUCCUCCUGAUAACCUGUCCAAAGUACAUGAGUUUAAGUCUUGCCAUCCUCAUUUCUAAGGAGCAUUCUGGUUGUACUUCUUCCAAGACAGAUUUGUUCCUUCUUUUGGCAGUCCAUGGUAUAUUCAAUAUUCUUUGCCAACAGCAUAAUUCAAAGGCACCAAUUCUUCUUCAGUCUUCCUUAUUCCUUGUCCAGCUU